GCCCCCUGCAGGAAGCUCCGGUAUUUAUCAUGCUCACCGGAAGUCACGUGAUUCAACAACUAAACGUGCGUCUGUAGCCACUGCCGCGGUUUGUUUCUUUUAAUGUACACUUUUAAUCCGUGGCUUACAUUCACAGACUUUAAUUACAAACAUGUCAGGCAAGUCGGAACUAAAAAUCAAUUCGCAGUUCGCUCAGAGGUACGAGAAGUAUCGACAGAAGGAAGAACUACAGAAGCUGAARGACCGGUUCGGAGACCGAGCCGAUGAGAGCGACUCUGAAUCGUCUGAAUCCAGUUCUGGUGACAGUGAAGUGGAGUUGGACCCUGAAGUGGAGAGAGAUUUUUAUAGGACAUUGUCCCUGUUAAAGAAAAGAGACCCAAAAAUUUAUGAGAAAGAUGUCAAGUUCUACUCAGAAGAGACAUCUCACGAUGAURCAAAGCCUUCAACAUCGAAGAAAGACAAAGUCAAACCGAUGUAUCUGAAAGAUUAUGAGCGUAUGGUGAUCCUGGAGAAGGAAGGCAAAUAUGAAGAUGAUGAUGAUGAUGAUGACAGCGAUGACGAGGAAGCUGUCAAGAGAAGAGAGAGAGAUGCCUCUCCGAGCUACAUCCAGGAGCAGAAGCAGCUGAAAGAGAGCUUCCGCAAGUUUGUCCAGGACAGUGAUGAAGAUGACGAAGAAGAAGAAGAUGAAGGAUCUAAUCUGCUGACCAGGAGAAUCAAAACACAAGAAGAGAAGGAUAAGGAAGAGGCUGAUUAUUUGGACUGGCUCAAAGGUCAGGCUGAGAUGGAGGGUCCAGAGGAGGCGAARGACAUGAAAUAUUUAAGAGAUUACUGGAAUGACCCGGAGCUGGAAGAGAAGGAGCGAUUCCUCCGAGAUUAUGUGCUCAACAAGGGCUACCUGGAUGAAGAGGAGGAUGAUGAACGGAUCCCGACUUACGACGAGGUGGUCCAGGAGGACGUGGAGGAUUCUGAAGAAGAGGGGGAGUCRUUCUUGGAGCGUCAGGAGAACUUUGAGAGAAGCUACAACUUUCGUUUUGAGGAGCCCGACGCGCUCCAGAUCAAGACCUACCCCCGAAACAUCGCCACAUCCGUUCGCUCCAAGGAUGACCGCAGGAAACACAAACGGGAGGAAGUGAAAGAAAGAAAGGAAAAGGAGAAAGAGCUGAAGCGGGAGCAGCUGAAGCAACUGAAGAACCUGAAGAGGAAUGAGAUCAUGGAGAAGCUGAAGAAGCUGCAGGAGCUGACGGGCAACAAACAGCUGGCUUUCAGUCAGGCUGACCUCGAGGGAGACUUUGACCCGAAACACCACGACCAGCUGAUGCAG